UCGACAUUCCAUACUCUUCCACUCCCUUCCAUCUCGCCCACCUCCAGACUCCAAAAUGGCAUCCACUCAGCCCCCAGUCGCAGCUCCUGACCAGUCAAAGAUCAGGCCUCAAGACGUCGGAUGGCAGUUCGUCCCUCAGUACUACAACUUUGUCAAUUCUCAGCCACACCGUCUCCACUGUUUCUACAACAAGCGUUCAACAUUUAUCCACGGCGAGGAGGGUGAGGACGUGACUCCGGCAUUCGGGCAGCAGGAAAUUCACGACCGUAUACUUCAGAUUGGCUACAACCAAUGCAAAGUCUACAUCCACUCUAUGGACUCCCAGUCCUCCGCCGAUGGUGGUAUCAUUAUCUUGGUCCUGGGUGAACUCUCCAACAACCACCAAUCCUGGAGAAAAUUCUCCCAAACCUUUUUCCUUGCCGAGCAACCUGGCGGUUACUUUGUGCUCAACGACAUCUUCCGAUAUUUGAGAGAGGAUGUUGAUGAGGACGAAUCUGCUCCCCAGGAGACUGUUCAGCCUCAGGAGGAACCUGCCCAGCCAGAGGUUGCGGCUGAGAAGCUUCCCGAGGCGACGACCGUCACUCAGGAGCCUGCCGAGGACCCUGUCCCCGAACCCGCCCCUGUCAGCGCUCCCGCGGAAGUUGUUGUUGACGCCGUCCCCGAGGAGGCCGAGAUUGCAGCUGUGCCUGACAAGGACGUCGCUCCGGAGCAGGAGCCUCCUGUUGUCAAGGAGCCUGAAGCCGCUCCUGAGCCAGUUGAGGAGACCCCUAAACCUGCCGCUUCGGUUACCGAAUCCAUCGCUUCUCCUGCUCCUGCUGCACCUAUUCCUGCCGCCAAGGCCGCUUCUCCCUCCCCUGCAGCCCCCAAGGCUGCUGCUCCCACUACUAAUGGUUCUUCUCCCGCUUCGACCACCCCCGCUGCUCCUUCCAAGCCAAUGACUUGGGCAUCCAUGGCCGCUUCUAAUGUAUGGGGUAAGACAGCUAGUCCAUCUGCCACCGCCCCCGCUCCCGCGCCUGCUCCUGCGCCUGCAGCUGCCCCUGCCCCCGGUCCUGCGCAGCCCAAGAAGGACGAAAAGCCCGCACCUGCCGCUGGUACCGGUCAGGGACAAAGACGACAGCAGACUAUAGACCCUUCCAAGGUUCAGACGGCCCACUGUUUUGUCAAGCUCCCUAACUGGUCCCCUGACUCGCAGAGCUCAUCCGACUUCCUUACCGAUGCCGAGCUUUCCAAGAUUGCUUCUCGAUUCGGUGAGGUAAAGUCUACCGAAAUCGUCAAGAGCAAAGCUUGUGCCUUUGUCGAGUUCGCUCGAGUGGAGUCUGCCCGAAAGGCCAUCCAGCACUCCUUGCCCGUCGAGCAAGGUGGUGAGGGCGGUACUAAAUUCCCCAACGGUACUUUGUAUUUCGAACCCCGAAAGGAGAAGGACGAUAGACCCAAGGCCAAGGGACAAAGGACCGGUGGCCAGCAAGGCCAGGGUCAGGGCCAGAGGCAGGUUAACGGCGGUGCUGGCGGUCGAGGCGGCAGGGGCCCCAGGGGACGAGGAGGUCAGGGUAACCAGGGUGAUAGGCAACCUCAAAAGUAAAGGAAGUUAUGCCGAAAUGGUAUGUGGAGUGUUCAGCGUGAGGGCAGCUGGGGUUCCAGAGUGUCGCGCGAAGACUUUAUUCUUUUCGUCUUCACUCUCUCUUCUGCCUAGCCUUCCUCUUUAUUCGAUUUAUUUCAUCAUCAUCAACAUCAACAUCAUCAUCAUCAAAGUAUACCUUCAUCAGAGUCACCUUUCUCCGACGACAAAAAUGACAAGAUGAGUAAUAGUAGACACGUGCUUUACGAGGAGGUUUGUUUGCAUUUUAUGGGUUAGAGUGUGUGGAGUUUAGUCGGUAUUCAGGAUAGUGCACAUAUAGUUGUUCAUGGCAUGCGGAAGUAUACAUUGGUAGCAGUCAUCGCACACAAGGCAGCAUAAAAGUGAAGCAAAGGUGCCGCCGCCGUUGAUCUAUUAAAACCGUCAAGUGUCGGGAAUCUGAUGUCACUAGGAUGGAGCAAUAAAAUGGCCGGUAUCAAAUCACAUUAUUUAUAUGCACAAUCUUUGCU